ACCGACCGCUUGCACCAGCCCCAUGGCUACUGCUGACCGAGGCUUUGGAGCCACCGGCGAAAGGGAUGGACCCUGGGUGGGCACCUGGAGACCCCACCGCCCACGGGGUCCUGUCCUGGCGCAAUUCACCAGCCCAGGACCCAAGUACACUGUCCUAGGGACAACAGGGCACCUGGCUCACAACCCCACCAAAGCCAAGGCCCCUGCGUACAGCAUCCCUCUGGCCAAGCUGCCCCCGCUCGCCAGCUGCUCCCCGGGACCACGCUACUUUGUGCCCCCCGAGAUCACCAGGAAGGGGAAGUACACCUCUCCCUCCCAGCACAUCUGCGGGCUCCCGAAGAUCAAGACGGAGAUCACCCCUGGGCCCAGUGACUAUGCCACCGAGAAGGCCACCAGGCAGAUCUUCAAACGCCCGCCGGAGCAGCACAUGGUGUUCCGGCACAAGGAGACACAGAGCCAGACGCCAGGUCCUGGUGCCUACACGCUGCCCAGGCUGGUGGGGCCCAACACCGCCUACACCACCGCCAGCCCCUGCUACACCGUGGUGGGCAAGAAGAAGCGUGGUGGAUUUGCCGAGGACCUCGCCAGGGUGACGCUGAUCAAGCCCGAGGCACCCGCUUCCACCUUUGGGCUCCGUCACUCACUCUAUACAACUCCUCUGAUUGUGCCUCCCUGA